AUGCAACUAUCACCCAAAUGCUUUGACGCUGUAAAAUACCAUGGUAAAAUAAAUUUUACUGAUGUCUUUAUGAUGCUUUGUCAACAAGAUAAGCAAACUGAGUACCAUUGGUACAAGCAAGAACUAGAUACAAUUGGCAAAUUUUAUGCUGAAGUAUCUGAACCUGAACAGGAAGUGAUAAGGUGGAAAAAUGCUUUUAAGGCAAGUAAAGUUGGAAAUGACUGCGUGUCUGUUGAUAAGCUAUACUUCAUGAAACACCUUGAGACUCUAUGUAUUAUUGAGUACACCAACUACUCUGCAACCUGCGCUCUUGUAGUGGGAAUGACUGUGUGUCUGUUGAAAAGUAAACAGUCAACAGUAAUAAAUCAAUUUUGGAAACUUCAAAAUGAAAGACAAAAUAUUGUAGUAAAGAAUGCAUUGAUUGAGAAUAAAACCAAUAUGCAAAAAAACAAGGCAAAGGCGAAGUUGGACCAACACGUAACCAUUGUUACGGUAAUAAUGGGACAAAUUCAACAAUAUGCUAGGUCAACAACUACCAAGAUCUUGAAGAAGUUUCUUGAUGAAAAAGAAAGGACAGUAAAGCGUACCAAAACGUAUAAGGAAAGUGAUAACAAUGAUAAUACUGAAAAUGAUCAUUUAUUCCUGUUAAGUAGAAAUGAUACGAAAGAUGGAACUCAAACACCUCCUCAUCAAAUUACCAGAAACACUUUCUUCGCUCAAUUCUCAGCCAGUGAAACCCAUGAAAGCAUCCUUAGAGCUUCUUCUGAGUAUUUAACAGGCUUAGAUAAGGUUAAGUAUUUCAAAAAAUUCAUUCCACUCUUCGAAGAAUACAAAGAUUGUGAAAAAAAUAAUGUGUACUCUUGCACCAAUGAUGAUGUCAUGGGCAUUAGAGGUGAUGGCGUCAUAAAGGAGUAUUAUAAGGAGUCUUUAACUGAAGACGGACUAAAGAAAACAAUUUCUGACUGGGUUUGCAUCACAAAUGCACUGAUAGUAGUUAAUGAUGAAGACACCGAGGAAAUAACAAGACUCAAAAAAUAUUUAUAUAGAGUAAUGCUACCUUUAAUUGAGUCAUUCCUUAAACCUAUUCUGAACAUUAGUGCCCCAAACAGUAGUGAAUAUCACUAUUGGUCAGAGUUCAGACAUCAUUUUUUCUCUUAUGCUUUACAAGAAUUUACAGUAUAUAAAGUGGUUGAAGGAAAAUGCGCUAAUUUGCUGGCUUGGUCUUGGGAGACGGGAGAGGAAAUUUUUGUUGGAAAGCAAGCAGGACCACCCACCAAACCUGACUUAAUAAAGCUCUCUAUAGACUCUUUCAAAUUUUAUAGAGAAUUAAGGGAUUGUCUGAAUGUCCGCAUAUUAAAUGCAAUGAAAAUUGGAGAUGUUAAUUACACUAAUCAUGCUGUUUUGGAAUACUUGGAUAUUUCUUCUCAUUCGAAAAAUAUUCAUAUGAUGAAAUUGGGAAUAUUAAAAUUAUUAGAAUUUAUUAUGGUCAUUAAAAUGGAAUUAAAAUAUACUGCGGAAAUAGAAAAUGAUAAUGAUAAAGCUCAGAUUCUGAAAAGAAAAUUUAGUGAUUUUAUUCAAACAAAGCCAUUGCCAAUAAAGGUCAUAAAG